GUCAAUCGGGAUUAUUUUAUUAAAGCCCAUAUUAGGUUUCUAAGUUUUAUAAAUCACCGCCCUCCUCGAGUUCCCCCUUUGUCGAGUUCUUAAACCCUAACGGCCCGGGGUUAUUCCCCCCUCGUUAGAGCGGUUUCUUUCGCGAAUUCUAAGUGGCAAGCGGGAGUUCGCCGGCGGCGGAGCCGUCGUUGUGGAUUCACCGGCGUCGGCCGUAGAUAUCUUCCAGUUCGCCUUAAAGAGAGGCAUCGAUCCAGGAAAGUAGGAUUUGAGGUUGAUAUUUGGUAGUCGGCUUCUUCUGAUUCACAGCAUUUCUGAAGGGUUGGGAAGCUGUGAGAAGUGGGCAAAGGGGAAAGGAAAAAAAUAGGAAGGUCCGGCAAGGCCACUUGAUCCAGCAAUUCCUACAAUUUUGAAGUGUGAAUAUUAUAAAGGAGAUUUUCAGUAUCCCGAAAAUAUUGAUAGGAAUACUAUACCCGUUUAGAGCUUCAACUGUCAAUACUAUAAGUAAUUGUAGUGGAAAAUAAGUAUUCAAAUAUUACUUCAUCAUUUAUUUUUUCACUUACCUAACUAAAAUUGAGUUCUUUUUCACUCAGUUCAGGUCUAUUCAUGAUAUUGCACCUAAAAUCCAUGUUAGAGUUUUGAAUUGCUGUAUCUUGAGGUGAAUCUGUUCUGAAAUUACAUAAUCAACCCUUCUUUGAAGUAUGCAAUCAGAAGAUAUUGAGCUUGCUGUCCUGGAAACUUCAGAAUUGACGACAUUUCCAUGCUCAAUAGAUCAAAAUCUAAGAAGGACCAAUGCAGACAAGACCAAAACACCACCAUCACUUUUGAACCGAAAGAAACGGAAGCAUCGGAUAAAGCAAGGCCCUUGCAAAACACUUAUCCCAAAGCAGGGCCUCAUCACCACCAACAUAGCCAAAUAUUGGCAUCAACGAUACUCCCUCUUCUCUCGAUAUGAUGAUGGCAUUCAAAUGGACGAGGAGGGCUGGUUCUCAGCCACACCUGAAGAGAUUGCUGCCACCCAUGCUGCCCGGGCCGGCAGUGGCACCAUUGUAAUUGAUUGCUUCUCUGGCGUCGGUGGCAACGCCAUCCAGUUUGCCUUAAAAAUUAGGGGAUGUCACGUGGUUGCCAUAGACAUUGAUCCAUGGAAAAUAGGAUAUGCAAUCAAUAAUGCUAAGAUUUAUGGGGUGGAGGAUAACAUUGAUUUCAUUGUCGGGGACUUCUUCCAACUUGCACCCUUUCUGAAGGCUGAUGUCGUGUUCCUUUCACCACCAUGGGGAGGCCCAUCAUAUAAUAAAAUUCAGAAUUUCACUCUUGAUUUGCUCAAGCCAAGAGAUGGAUAUUCCAUCUUUCAAGUUGCUCAGAAAAUAACACCUAAUAUUAUCAUGUUUUUGCCGCGCAAUGUGGACAUAAACCAAGUGGAAGAGCUUUCCUGGUUGUCUUCCCCUCCCCUUAAUUUUGAGAUUGAAGAAAGCCAUGUACAAGGCUACACUAAAGGAAUUACUGCCUACUUUGGCUAUAUUGUAUCAGGAUCGCCUGGAUUAUACAAAUUGUCUGAAGUUGCAACUUCAUAAGAGUUGGGGGCAUUACCACAUGGAUAAGUUUCUGUCGAUGGUGCCUAGCAUUCCUCGCUCCUUGAUUGCAGGAAUGAGAUUGCUACGUUUGUAGAGGGUGUAGAUGCAAGCCAGAACAUUCUGCAAGAUACAGGAUGGAGUAGGGUUUCUGAGGCCAGUCGUCUUGUUCAGUUUGUUCCUUUUGCGUGCCAACAGAAUGACAUUUUGAUGGAGGACCAUCAAACUCGAGGUUGCUCACACUUGCUGCCGAGGGCCUUUCAAUAUUCUUUGCAUGGAAUGGAGCUAGCAAUCAAGCGCGCGCGCACUGGCAGGCCACUAAACUUGCAUCCAUCUCGGGUUCAUGUAUAUAAAUCUCCCUACGUUCUAGUAAUGGAAGAGAUCCAUCUGUGUAGUUUAUCUGUAAAGAAUAUUGCCCAUAUGAAUAUAUAUAUAUAUAUAUAUAUAUAUUAAAUCUGACGUCUUUGGCA